CCUGCCUCCCUGCCUCCCUGCCUCCCUGCCUCCCUGCCUCCCUGCCUCCCUGCCUCCCUGCCUCCCUGUCUUGCUCCCGCGCACCGGGACAUCCAGCCCCCGCCACCCGACCCCAGCCAUGUGCGCCUCUCUAAUGCCCCCGCUCGCGCACGUCUUCAAAGGCACUUUCGUCCACUCCACCUGGACCUGCCCCAUGGAGGUGUUGCCGGAUCACCUCCUGGGAGUCAACGACAGCGGAAAAAUUGUGUUUUUCGAACAAGCUUCUCAACAAGAAAAAUUGGCCAAAGAAUGGGGCUUCAAAUCAUCAGAAAUAAGAGAACUCAGCAUCCAUGAAUUCUUCAUGCCAGGACUGGUGGAUACCCACAUUCAUGCACCUCAAUAUGCUUUUGCUGGAUGUAACGUAGAUCUGCCCCUCCUGGAAUGGUUAAACAAGUACACAUUUCCAACUGAAUUGAAGUUCAGAAAAAUUGAAUUUGCUGAAGAGGUGUACACCAGGGUUGUAAGGAGAACCCUAAAGAAUGGUACGACGACAGCUUGUUACUUCGGGACGAUUCACACCGACUCAUCCUUGCUCCUGGCUGAAAUUACAGAUAAAUUUGGUCAGCGAGCAUUUGUGGGCAAAGUGUGCAUGGAUAUGAACCCAAGUGUUCCAGAAUACAAGGAAACCACUACUGACUCUGUCAAGGAAACAGAGAGGUUUAUUAUCGAAAUGCUACAAAAGAACUAUCCAAGGGUGAAGCCCAUAGUGACACCACGUUUUUCACUUUCCUGCACUGAAACUCUGAUGAGUGAACUUGGGGACUUAGCACAGGCCCACAACCUGCAUAUUCAGAGCCAUAUCAGCGAGAAUCGUGAUGAAGUUAAAGCUGUGAAAGAACUCUUUCCCAAUUAUAAAAACUAUACUGAUGUGUAUGACAGAAAUAAGCUUCUGACUAACAAGACGGUGAUGGCUCAUGGCUGCUACCUUUCCGAUGAAGAGCUGAAGGUGUUCUACGAACGUGGAGCUUCAAUUUCUCACUGCCCCAACUCCAACUUCUCGAUCUGCAGUGGAUUCCUAAAUGUACAGAAUGUGAUGAAGCACAAAGUGAAGAUUGGACUUGGCACUGAUGUUGCUGGGGGUUAUUCAGCUUCCAUGCUCGAUGCUAUCAGGAGAACAAUGAUGACAUCCAGCGCCCUGUUAAUUAAUAAAAUAAAUGAGCAGCGCCUCACCCUUAAAGAAGUCUUCAGACUAGCAACUCUUGGAGGAAGCCAAGCCCUGGGACUGGAUAAUGAGAUUGGAAAUUUUGAAGUUGGCAAGGAAUUUGAUGCGCUGCUGAUCAACCCCAAAGCUACAGACUGUCCCUUUGACCUGUUUUCCAGUGAUUUUUCUGGAAAUAUUUUGGAGGCUGUCAUCCAGAAGUUCCUCUAUCUAGGAGAUGAUCGGAACAUCGAGGAAGUAUAUGUGGGUGGAAAGCAGGUGGUCCCGUUUUCAAGCUCAGUGUAAAUGAAGUCACCUGCUGACGUUCUACUGGGCAACUGAUGGUUCAACACUUGAGCCCAGAAAAUUGGGAAGUGAUGAUGUGCUACAACUUUGUUGUCAGAAUGAUUCUUUAACUCUCUGUGUCAAAUUUCAGCACCCACUUGAGCAAUUAGUAAAAAAAAAAUUUGAAAAUCAUUGAUGACUUUAUGAUCUUGGCUUACUGAAAAUGCAUUCUUUCCAGCUUUAAAGAUUUAUUUCCCCUCCAAAUUGAUUUUCUUAAUUAGAAAUUUUAUCCAAAUCAAUUCCAUAUUUGGUCCCUGGGAUGUGGAAAAGACUCCCUUCUUUAAGAAAACAAAAAGUGAAAAUACAUUUUUUGUGUGUGUUCGAAUUUGGUAAACAUAAAAAAUUAUUUAAAAUCUCCAGAAUUUCAGAAUGUGAUUUCAAAAAUGUUUCAUGCUUUAGAAAUCUGCACUUAAUUGAAUUUGCACUUUGCAAUGUUGUCAUUAUUUUUCUAUGUGUUUUUCUGUGACAGUCUGAGAAAUUGCAAACUCCAUGUGAACGCAGGGCUGCACCUGCAAAUAUAUAAAUUGGGAAAAGAAGACUUAUUAAAGGUCUCCUAAGGUAGUUAUUAACUGACCCAUGCAGCAUAAAUAGUAUUUUGAAUAUUUUAAAGGCUCCUUAAUCUAUAACUAUUUGUAAUAAAUUACCUAGUCAGAAUGAAAAUAUUGGCAAGAGAAGAGAAAAAAUGUAUUCUAUUCCUUAAACUAGGUGGCUACAAAUUGGAGAUAGCAAAGGUUGGGAAACAGAUACUCAAUAGGAAAUCCCUCCUCACAGUGAAAGGAUUAGCACAACACUGUGAUGGAUCCCAGUACAAACUAGGAGAUGCCUUAUUUGUCAAGACCAACUCUAUCCCAACAGUGAAUCUUCUUGGAGGAGCUUUUCCUCAAGCAAAUUUGGUUUGGAAUUUAGUAACCAUUCUGUGGUGGAACGCGGCACAUUUGGGAGAAAUCAAGAAGGCACGCAGCUUCUUCCAUCUCAUAUUGAAUGAUGAAAUUCAUUAUAUCAAAUGCUUCUCUGUGUAGUGGUAUUUAUUCCAGAUUCAAACUUCCCCCUUUCCAAAAUGCCAUUUAUUUCUAAUAGAGCUCUCCCUGGAAGAAUUGCUUCCUCUUCUCAUUGCCAUUUCUUGUGACUUUAAAAAAAAAAAUAAUAAAAGCAAGAGAAAUAAAUCUUUAAAGGCAUUAGGAAUUUUAGCAAAUCCAAUUCUUUUUCUUUCCAAGACUUUUGAACCAGUGAGUCAGUCCAAAGAAGACUUACCACACCUCUACCCUUAAUAGCAGGUGUGGUAGACUCUUGCUCCCACUCCCUGAAAGAAACAAACUAAAGACCCAGACCCAAGGCCUAUAAAAGAAAGAAUAGUAGGCUAAGGAGGCCAAAUGGGAGUUGAAAAUUCUGGGUAAAAAAGCUGCAAAAUAAGUCAUGUGCCCAGCUGCUGCUGAGUCCAUACACACCUUUCCUUUCUGUGUCUUGAUUUGUGAGUGGAAACGUAGAUAUUGGUUGUAUCUUUCAGUUAUCUGUAGAAUCAGCAUGCAAUCAAGAUGAGUUAGUAAGGCCAGUGGUAGAAGGAAGAAUGACAGUGUGAGAGCCUGUUAAAUGGAAUGUUUAGUAGGGUGAUCUGUUAGACUCUACAGUUCUCAUUUAGCAAAAAUGGGAUCUUUCUGAUGUUUGUAACUCCUUGAUCUUGCUGUACCCCUUGUUAAUCUUCUGUGUUUAAUCGUUUCAAGGAAAUUGUUGUUGACUGUGGCAAAUGCUUCAUAAAGUACUUAAGGCAUUCACUAUGUUUGGCAUGUGGAGUUUCUGCACUUUAAAAAUGUUGCCUUUGCCUAUUGUUGUUGAUUGUGUAAUGAUCCAGGCUUUGUAAAUUGGGGAGAGGCGAUGUUCUCAGCCAAUCCUAGUUGUCACUUGAUGAUGAAUGUUUUCUUCGCUGGUCGUGUAGCCAGUAGAAUAUGAGUCAGAGGGAUGCUGUCAAGUAAAGCUUUUAAGUUUUUGAAAUCGAAUCUCGUGUUGUCACCCCCCCCCAAAUUGCAUAUACUAAUAUACAUGCAAGUUUGAAAUGUCUAAGUGAUCUGUGACGCUGGUAAUACAAACCUGACCAAAGCUGUUCCAUUCCAAAUGUGAAAACAGACUAAGCAGCAAGGCUGAUUUUAUUUUCCAGAGUAACUAAACAAUAAAAUGAGUACAUGGGCGGCAGCAAAUUCGAUUUCACUCCUUCCCAGCCCCAUUCCUAGUCGUCGGUGUUAACAUAUGGUGAAAAUUUUGAUAAAAUGAGAAUAACCCUGUCCUCUCCUCUUUCAGAGUGUAUAGCUUGGCAUUAGUCUGAUGAGGAUAAUAUCCCUUGAUAUGCUGUGUGACCUGUUUACCUUGUGGGACCUGAUUAUCUUCUGUCUACCCUAGCACUUAGUACAUAGGAAAUGCUUAGCAAAUACCACAAAUAUUAUUAGUCCAGUAGACCAUCAUAAACAUUUCUAGGUCCUUGGGGGAAAAAAAAAAAGUAGUCACUUGCCAACCAGUUUCCCUAUGAAGACUAUUGAUUUUUGGCAGUCAAAUUGGAAAAAUGCUGGUGUUUUGGUAUUUAUUUGAUUUUACUACCAGUUUGAAGCCAGAAAAAGCCCACUACUAUUUAAAAAAAUAUAUUGGUUUGCCUAGUCCACAGCUUAUUCAGCCCUUUCUUAGUUUUGAAUCUUGCAGAUAGGUUACCCCAAGCCAACUUCUUUUUGGGCAGAGUUCUUUCAAGUUAACACUUUUGAAUGAUGAAGAGAAUGAACUCAAUGGGAGCUCUGCAUGUAGGCCAGGAAAGAAUUCUGCCCUGUGAUCUAGAACUGACUUUUGAAACAUGUCUCUCUAUCCCAGCAGGCAGCUAGUAGCUGAGAUUUGCAAGAGCUGGGUGGGAGAAAAAAAAAUUACAGAUUCAAAAUUGAGUCUUGCCAAUUCUCACUUCCUCCUCACACUUCUCAUUUCUCUCCCUCCACCUCCUAGAAAGACAGAUUAUUUUGCUCAGUGGUUGGGUUUGUUUGUUUUAUUUGUUGUUUUUUUUUAUUCUGGAAAGGUACAUUGCCAGACCGGCUGGCCUACUGGAUACUGAAGUCCAAUUUGUGCUCUGUUGCAUACCCACCAUUUUUUAAUCCCAGUAGAGCCCUUCUUUAAUGAUGUCCAGUGGAGAUUAAUCAAUGUUGAGACUCUUUUGGUUCGAGUCAGGGUGGGAGGUGGUUAUUACUGAAGCAACAAAUGACUAAAAAAUACUCUGUGAUGGAUUAAGGUCAUUUUUAGAGCGAGUGAACCUAAUUGAUGUAUAAUAUUGACUGUAUUGGUCACAGAUUUAAAGCCAAGAUAAAGCUCUAACUUUUUUUUUAAUUUCCUCUUUAAUUUGCCAGGGAAACUUGCAAACUUGUAGGAAAGGAGGUUGGGUGGUUUGAUAGCUCUGUUUCCCUGUUUGGAUUUAAUUAUGGAAAAAGGUUGCACUUUGCAGAGUAAAGACCCAGAGUGAAUCCACUGAGUGCAUAACUACAACCUUAAUAUUAAGGGGUUUUCAGGCCCAGCCAUCCAACUUUAAACUUUUCCCAUAUCAUUUGAACCUGAACAUUACAAACAGUGAGUGUAGUAGUGAACCAGGUAGAGUGAACCUGGUUAGUCUGUUUUCAUGAUCGUAACUAAAGGAAAUGUAAAACUUGGACAGCACAAAUGGUGUAAAGAAUAUUCAAGCUUUAAGAACCAGUUCACAUCCACAGUGCUUGCGUCACAUGUGUUUCUUAGGACCUCUGUUGUGUGCUUGGAAAUCAGAUGGAGUUCACUGUGUUCUUUUCCUGCUGGAAGACCUGCAGGUUUAUUUCAGUCAGAAGUUGGUCUUGAGGAAAACUACAGCGAUGUUGCUUGACUCCUGAUUUCUAAUCUAACUGUAUGUAUUUGGUGAAAAAGUGUAUUUGAUAUUUGUAUCGGCUUGCUUGUUUCCUGUUGUGAUGAGUGAGCAUCUCUGUGCAUCUGAAAAAAAUAAAUAAAAAUAGCAUCAGUUA